AUGGGUGUCCCAAAUAUCGACCCGAUUACCCAACUCAGUUUACCUCCAGGUUUCCGUUUUUACCCAACCGACGAAGAACUUCUAGUUCAAUACUUAUGUAGAAAAGUUGCCGGUCAUCAUUUCUCUCUUCAAAUCAUCGGAGAAAUCGAUCUUUACAAACACGACCCGUGGGUCUUACCUGGAAAGGCAAUAUUUGGAGAGAAAGAAUGGUAUUUUUUCAGUCCUAGAGAUAGAAAAUACCCAAACGGGUCUCGACCCAAUAGAGUUGCGGGUACGGGUUAUUGGAAGGCUACAGGAACUGAUAAAGUGAUUACCACUGAAGGAAGAAGAGUUGGGAUUAAGAAAGCUUUGGUUUUUUAUAUUGGAAAAGCUCCUAAAGGAACAAAAACUAAUUGGAUUAUGCAUGAAUAUCGUCUCUCUGAAUCUCCAAGAAAAAACUCCGGCAACAAGUUGGAUGAUUGGGUUUUAUGUCGGAUUUAUGAGAAGAAAUCAAGUAUGGAUAAUAAAAAACCCAUACCCGGAAAUGGAAUUAUAGUCAAGGAACAGAGCCAUGGAGGUUCUUCAUCUUCUUCAUCUUCACACUUUGAAAACGUUUUAGAUUCAUUACCGGAGAUCAACGAUCGGUCCUUUUCUCUUCCCGACGACAACUUUGAUUGGACUAGCCUUGCCGGAGUCGGGAUCGGAAUCGGGUCGGUUUCUGAUGCAUCCGCCGUGGACGGACAUGGACUGCCUAUGAGCAACGGGUAUAAUGAUAUUUGUGUUUCUCCUUCUAUUACAGGGCAAGAGGUUCAGAGUGAGACCCGAACCCGGAGAAAUAAUGACCCGUUAAUCUAUUUUCAGCAAAACCCGAACUAUUUUGCCAACGGGUCGUGGAGGUAGACCCGUUUGGAUAUGGUUACCGGGUCAAAAUGGGGAUUUGGAAUUUUAGGUUAUAAUGGCAAUGGUGUAAAUAGUGAUGGAGUGAAUUUUAUUUGGGUGGUCAUUUUGAAUGAGAAAAUGUAGAAGAUGUGGGGAAAUUAAAACUUGA